AGGCAUAUAGGUACAUAUCAAUUUCAAUCACGGUCUGUUUGAAUCAGCCAAAUUGCCUAAUUAAAUUCUUAUCCCAAUUAUACGUAGAUAAUUUCAAACAUACACUUAUCCAUAUUUUUCUCUUGGCUCUUCUGAACGGCUUUACACGGAUCGAUUUUCUCACAAUCUGAUUCACUACGCUUCACAAUCAACUUUCAGCUUCUCCUCGAAAGGAAAGCUUAUCGCGCAGGAAAAAUUUCCACCACACUGUAGUUCCGACGUAUUUCGUCCACGCACUGGAUUAAACCGUUAACGCACUAGUUAAACCUCCGUUCGACACAAUAUUUAGAGACGCAUUUUGCACAAUGCCGUUAGCCAGCAGCAGCAGAAAAAAACGCGAACCGCACAUCGGUCGACGAGAGACCGUAACCAGCAGCAGAUUCCCGAACCGAACGUCAGGAGAUCGAAAUGUCAGCGAACUUUGUUUUUGGUGUUUUUGGCAAAAAGGAAAAGCGAGAAGGCCGUCUUUCAAACUGACGGUCGCAGCGCGUGCAGAACAAUGAUGAUGAUGAUGGCGAUGAUGACGUUUCUGCCCAGCGAGCUUGACAAAAAAGCCUUAUCUUAUCUAGAUCAGUGUUGUUGUUGCGAGUGAGAAACGUCAAAACAACGAAGUUUUUAUUUGCGGUGGUGCGUGUUUUGGGCGGUCAGUUGUUUCAAAAGUUUACUAAUAGUUUUUCUUGAAAAAAUACGAAAGUUGCGCGUAAUUAAAGAUGUUCGAAAACCAAGCGAUCCAUACCGAACACAAGGAUGUUAUUCACGAUGUUGCAUACGACUAUUAUGGCCAGCGAAUGGCCACUUGCUCGAGCGACCAAUACGUAAAGGUCUGGGAUCAAAAUGAUAGUGGUGUAUGGAGUGUGACUGCCAGCUGGAAAGCCCAUUCGGGAUCAGUUUGGCGGUUGUCGUGGGCACAUCCGGAGUUCGGACAAGUAUUGGCAACCUGUUCGUUCGACAGAACCGUCUCUGUGUGGGAAGAAACCGUCGGGGAAAAAAGUUCUCCGACAAUGUCACCGGUAAAACGCUGGGUCCGUCGUACGAAUCUGGUCGACUCGAGAACCAGCGUUACGGAUGUGAAGUUUGCUCCAAAAUCACAAGGACUGGUGUUGGCAACCUGCUCUGCGGAUGGAAUCAUUCGCAUUUAUGAAGCUCCAGAUAUAAUGAACCUGUCUCAGUGGACGUUGUCACAUGAAAUUGCGGUGAAGAUUCCCCUGAGUUGUCUAUCGUGGAACCAAUCAAUGUUCCGUCUACAUGCCCCAAUGAUUGCUGCUGGCAGUGAUGAUUCAUCCCAAAGUUCAGGAGGAAAAGUUUUCAUUUUUGAAUACAGCGAAAACUCCCGGCGUUGGGCGAGAACUGAAACUAUAAACUCCAUCAUUGAACCUGUGCAUGACAUUGCUUUCGCUCCUAACGUGGGAAGAAGUUAUCAUAUUCUUGCGGUGGCCAGCAAGGAUGUUCAGAUUUUCAAUUUGAAGCCAACACUAGAACCAACUUCCAAUUCUCGAUUGGAUAUCCAACAAGUAGCACAAUUUGGUGAUCACUAUUGCACAGUUUGGCGAGUAACAUGGAACAUCACCGGAACGAUGCUGGCUUCAACUGGAGACGACGGUUGCGUUCGAAUGUGGAAAAUGAACUAUUUGAAGAGUUGGAGAUGCGCUGCUGUGCUCAAGGCAGAAAAUCCACAAUCGGUUCAGGAAAAUUCUAUUGCCCCAUCGCUCAACUUGUCCAGCUUGGUCAAUGCUACUGCAAAGUACUACAAACGGGGAACUAUCAGCCAUCCUACCCAGGUACCGAGACAUUGAAUAGGUUGAAUAUUGUUCAAUUACAGUUUUUCAUUGUCAAUAAAAUCUCCUAUUAUGUUUAUAACAGUA